CAAAAAGUCUAAGAUGAAGUCAGAUGCGCAGCUUUUUUUUGUGAAUGAAAGGGGAGAAGGGGGUCUGCUGUUCUGACCCAUGCAGGCGGGCGAAGUAGAGCGCCUGUUGGGCCGCCGUGCCACCGGACACUCCGGACCAUGACCUUGGACAGCAAGCGCAUGGAGGAGACGGAUCUUGACGUAGGGGGACAGACGGAUGGUAGCGACGAUCUGAAGACCACAGGUCUUUCAGUGAUAAAUACGAGUAAUCCCGAGUCUGAGCAAAGCGCUUCAUCCUUGGCUCCUGAAGUGCGGGAGGAGGGAGACUUUGCAGCCCGGCUAAAGGAUGGUCCAGACAGGAGAACCACCUCGGUGAAGCCUCCUUACUCGUACAUCGCUCUCAUCACCAUGGCCAUCCUCCAGAGCCCGAAAAAAAGACUCGCCCUCAGUGAGAUAUGUGAUUUUAUCAGCCAGCGCUUUGCGUAUUAUCGGGAGAAGUUCCCUGCUUGGCAAAACUCAAUCCGUCACAACUUGUCUCUAAAUGACUGCUUUGUCAAAAUGCCCCGGGAGCCUGGGAAUCCUGGCAAGGGGAAUUACUGGACACUGGAUCCCAUGUCGGCAGGUAUGUUUGAAAACGGGAGUUUUCUUCGGCGGAGGAAACGCUUCAAGAGGCAACAUUUCUAUUUGGGGGCGUUGAAGGACUGCAGGGCGAAGGAGCGCAGCCUGAUGCCCGUGUUUCCUCUCCUCGGAGGGCACAGGAUGAGUUCUUGUCUCCAGGCUCCGGAGUUGUACCACGAGCUGGGCUUCAGAAGUCGACUAAGCCCCCACACUAUUCCCAGCACCCCACCUGUAAGCAGCAUCAUACCUGCACUCUCCUCUCUCCUCUCCAACAAUUUCCCCUCAUGUCGAACCUUUGAACAUUUCGACCCGGGACGCUGCACGGCUGUCCCAUCUCUGGCUCCAAACUGCUCGUUCGUGCCUCCUGUCUCGCUGCACGGAAUGAACUACCCUGCUUCUCAGCUCUCCCAUUUCCCCACUGGGAUCCUAAAAGUUUCGUCUAAUUUAAUUUAAUGUAGCUUAAUGACGCCUUUCUUGAAUGGAAUCUUCUUAUUCUUCGACUGAGAAUAAACCCAUGGUAGCCUACAUUAUGUACAAAUACAGUUUUUAAUGCAAACAUGCCUCCAUAUUUGUUUUUGAAUAAGUGAUAUUUUACAGUUAUGUUUGGAAUAGAACGUGGUUGAAUUCACAGUCUGCAAUUUGAAUUAAAUAUCAGAGUUUAUCGUCAUAGACACAAUCAAAUAGCGUCGCUUACGAUUCUUUUACAUUUUGGUUGAUUGUAUUACAUAUUUUCUUUCUCCUUGUUUCUACGAAAUUAAGACUAAAUUGAACUGUAAGAUUUGUGCAAAAGUAUGUGCACUAGAGUUUAAAAGAAGAAGAAAUAAAUCACAAAAGUAGGCUAUUUAUUCCAUAUUCUUAAUAUAGCCAAACUCAACGCAAAUAAUUAGGCCUAUAUACCAACAACAAUAAUGAUAUGCUUUCAAAUAUUUUUUGGGCAACGUUGGCCGUUAAAUUUGUAAAGAUCAGAAUAAAUUACUCUUUUAAUACAAAUAGGCCUACUGUAAUAAAUAAAAAAGUAGGCUAGUAGCCUAUAUGUGAAAUGCAGUUAGACCUUCUUGGAGCCAAUAACAAUCCAAAUGUGCAUGGUAAAUGUUCAACCUAUCCGAUAUGGCCUAUGGAUUUGCACAAACACAGCCUACUUACACUCUAAAAUAAAUGUAAUUUGUGCAAAUGUGA